GAGUCGGAGCUCUCGGGCUGUGCCCGCGGUGGCGCCGUACUCCAUCACGGCGGGGUCGGUUGUCCCCCGCGCACUUGGUACAUUCGGAGAGGCCAGGCCCAGCCGGGGCGGUACAAUAGGGUUGGGCCGCGACCAAGCCCGGGCCAGCGCGGGGCACCGGAGCAGAAUCGCGGCCGCGGAGGACCGACACCGGGUGCCCGGUACUCAGAGCUUCGCCAGCCACCGGCCUCGACCUCUCCCACUCGGAGUGCGGCCGCCUCUAAGUCGUUACCCGCUGGGCGGGCCGGACGGGAUGCGCCGCGGGACCCCAGUCCUGGCCUCGGGCCGCCGCCGCCGCCGCCGCUGAGACCCCCCAAAACCUCCAGUGACGCCGCAGUCAUGGAGAGCGGCUCGCGUGCGGAGCCCGGGCCGGGCGCACCCGCAGCUGUGGUAGCCAGGAUCCCCACAGAGCCAAGACCUUCUCCAGAAGGUGACCCUUCCCCUCCACCACCACCAACACCGAUGUCGGCCUUGGUUCCUGACACUCCCCCGGACACCCCUCCUGCCAUGAAGAAUGCUGCUAAUCCUAAGCAGCUCCCACUAGAACCAGAGAAUCCCACUGGGCAGAUCUCGCCUCGGCCACUUCCCCCACAGGAAGACUCCCCAUGCUCAGAAGCAAAGAGCAGGGGACCCAGCCCCCCAGCCACAGGCCCACGGGAUACCAGGCCUUCUCGAAGGAGCAGUCAGCCAUCCCCAACAGCAGUGCCAGCCUCCGACAGCCCUCCUGCCAAGCAAGAUGUAAAGAAGGCAGGAGAGAGACACAAGCUUGCCAAAGAGCGGCGAGAAGAACGGGCCAAGUACCUGGCGGCCAAGAAGGCAGUGUGGCUGGAGAAAGAGGAAAAGGCCAAGGCGCUCCGGGAGAAGCAGCUCCAGGAGCGCCGCCGACGGCUGGAGGAGCAGCGGCUUAAAGCUGAGCAGCGCCGGGCUGCCCUGGAGGAGCGGCAGAGGCAGAAGCUUGAGAAAAACAAGGAGCGCUAUGAAGCAGCAAUCCAGCGGUCAGUGAAGAAGACAUGGGCUGAGAUCCGGCAACAGCGCUGGUCCUGGGCAGGGGCCCUACACCACAGCUCCCCCGGACGUAAGACCAGUGGGAGCAGGUGCUCCGUGUCGGCAGUAAACCUGCCCAAACACGUGGACUCUAUAAUCAACAAGCGGCUCUCAAAGUCCUCUGCCACGCUCUGGAACUCCCCCAGUAGAAAUCGCAGCCUGCAGCUGAGCGCAUGGGAGAGCAGCAUUGUGGAUCGUCUGAUGACGCCCACCCUCUCCUUCCUGGCUCGGAGUCGCAGCGCGGUCACACUGCCCCGCAACGGCAGGGACCAGGGUAGGGGCAGCGGCCCUGGGAGACGCCCCACGAGGGUCCGGGCAGGGGCCAGCCUCGCGCCAGGGCCACAUCCCGACCGCACUCAUCCCUCUGCAGCCGUGCCAGUGUGCCCGCGCUCGGCCUCCGCCAGCCCCCUGACGCCUUGUAGCGCCCCUCGGAGCGCGCACCGCUGCACCCCGUCCGGGGAGCGCGCAGAGCGGCGCAAGACAGGCGCCGGCGGCAGCCCAGCAUUGGCACGCCGCCGGCUGGAAGCCGCACCGGUGCAGAAAAAGGAGAAGAAGGACAAGGAGCGGGAGAACGAGAAGGAAAAGAGCGCCCUGGCCCGGGAGCGCAGCCUCAAGAAGCGUCAGUCCCUGCCAGCGUCUGUGAGACCCCGACUCUCCACCGGCGCCGAGCUCAGCCCUAAGUCCAAGGCCCGGCCAUCCUCUCCCUCUACAACCUGGCACAGACCUGCCUCCCCCUGCCCCAGCCCAGGACCAGGCCAUGCCCUUCCUCCAAAACCACCAUCCCCCCGAGGCACCACUGCGUCACCCAAGGGGAGGGUGAGGAGGAAGGAGGAGGCCAAAGAGAGCCCCAGCCCAUCAGGGCCUGAGGACAAGAACCACAGCAAGAGCAGAACUGGUGAGGAGAAGGAGGCAGCAGCCCCGGCUUCACCAGCACCCUCACCAACGCCCUCACCCACCCCAGCCCAGCCUCAGAAGGAGCGCUCAGCAGAGAUCCCUGCAGACACCGCUGUCCCGGCUGCCCCUCCCACCGCUGCUCCCCCGGUGACCCCUAGCAAACCCAUGGCCGGCACCACCGACCGAGAAGAAGCCACUCGGCUCCUGGCUGAGAAGCGGCGCCAGGCUCGGGAACAGAGGGAACGCGAAGAACAGGAGCGGAAGCUACAGGCUGAAAGGGACAAGCGAAUGCGGGAGGAGCAGCUGGCCAGGGAGGCCGAGGCCCGGGCUGAACGCGAGGCCGAAGCCCGGAGGCGGGAGGAGCAGGAAGCUCGAGAGAAGGCCCAGGCCGAGCAGGAGGAGCAGGAGCGGCUGCAGAAGCAGAAAGAGGAAGCUGAGGCUCGGUCCCGGGAAGAAGCUGAGCGCCAGCGCCUGGAGCGGGAAAAGCACUUCCAGAGGGAGGAACAGGAGAGACAAGAGCGAAGAAAGCGACUAGAGGAGAUAAUGAAGAGGACUCGGAAGACAGAAGCCACUGAAACCAAGAAGCAGAAUGGAAAGGAGACCACAGCCAACAAUUCCAGCCCAGUAGAUUCUGUGAAAGCGGUAGAGACUCGGCCCUCUGGUCUUGAGAAAGAUUCUGUGCAGAAAGAGGAGCUGGGCCCCCAGGAGCCACAGUGGAGCCUGCCAAGCAAGGAGAUGCCAGGGUCCCUGGUAAAUGGCCUGCAGCCUCUCCCAGCGCACCAGGAGAACGGCUUCUCCCCAAAGGGAAGCGCUGGGGACAAGAGCCUGGGUCGAGCGCCAGAAGGGCUCCUCCCAUUUGCAGAGGCUGAAGCCUUCCUCAAGAAAGCAGUGGUGCAGCCCCCACAGGUCACAGAAGUCCUUUAAGCAAUUGCCUUGGACCCAGGCGCAUCUGUGAAGGUUCCUCCGUAUCAGCUCGUGGGUGUCUGGAAGAGAAAGAGACAGAACAAAGAAUGGAAGUGGCCUAGGACCCCUGGGGAUGGGUCCUCUUUGUUUUUAAUCUGCACCUUACAGACUGAUAUGCCUUUGGCUGAAAGCAGAUCCUGCCCCUCAGUGCAUUCGUGUGCUCACAUGCUCAAACACCCAUCUUCCCAAUACACACAUACACUCAGAGCCUCUCUGGCCUCCCCUCCCCCGGGGAAGGACCACUUGUAGUAUUUGCCUUGGUUUGGUGGGGUGCAGUGGAUGUGAAUACUGUAAAUAGCAGACACCUCUACGCGGAGGAGGCGGGCACGGGAGGCAGGCCCUCGUCCCAGGGCUCCCUGGGAAGACCUUCCUCUAUUUAACUGUAACCGAGGGAGAACCCGGGUCUGGGAAUGGAGGGGCACCUUGGGCCACAGAAUACUGGUUGCUUCAGGGGUAAUGCCCCCUGUCCUCGCCUGGAAUCAGUGUUAUUACAUCUGAUCAAACUUCUCCAGAAAUAAAGUGAGAAUAAUUCUGCCAAA